CGUCAACAACACAAAAGAUUCCCAAAGGAGUCAUCAUCUCUUUUUUAUUCUCCUGGGUAUGAAGAAUUUGGCGGAGUCCUCUUUCUCUUUCUUUUCGAUGUGUAUUUGAAGGAUUUGACAAGAAAAAUUGUUGUACAAAUCCUUUUAGUCACUUGGAAAACAGAAAGAAUACCUAUUAAUACUCCUUUAUAAAAUCUUUUCUUACAUUUUAGAGAAAUAGUAAGUCUCUCGAUCUCCCCGUUUUCUGAAAGAUGGCAGGAGGUAGUUUUGCUGUUCAAGGUCCAGCGAGGAACUAUGAAGGUGGUGUCACAGCCUUCGUUGUCAUCACCUGUUUUGUUGCAGCUUUUGGUGGUCUCAUUUUCGGAUAUGAUAUUGGUAUCUCAGGUGGGGUAACUUCUAUGGACUCAUUUUUGAAGAAGUUUUUCCCAACUGUGUAUAAAAAAGAGACAGAGAAACAUAAUGAGAAUAUGUACUGCAAAUUUGAGAGCCAUCUGCUCCAACUGUUCACAUCUUCGUUGUACCUUGCAGCGUUGGUAGCUUCCUUCUUUGCUUCUACAGUAACUCGGCUAUUUGGUCGCAAGAAGUCCAUGUUUUUUGGAGGCUUUGUUUUCCUUAUUGGCGCUAUCCUCAAUGGUGCUGCAGUGAACGUCUCGAUGCUUAUUAUCGGUCGUUUGUUGCUAGGUGUGGGUGUUGGAUUUGCUAAUCAGUCUGUUCCAGUUUAUCUAUCUGAAAUGGCACCAGCGAAAAUUAGGGGAGCACUUAACAUUGGUUUCCAAAUGGCCAUCACAAUUGGUAUUUUGGCUGCAAAUCUCAUAAAUUACAGAACAUCAAAGAUUGAAGGUGGUUGGGGAUGGAGACUUUCCUUAGCUCUUGCAGCAGUCCCUGCAAUAAUGAUAGGUGUUGGAUCUCUAUUCCUACCAGACACCCCCAAUUCCAUUCUCGAAAGAGGCCAUCCUGAGAAGGCCAGAGAGAUGUUGAAGAAGAUUCGCGGCACAAACAACGUUGAUGAGGAGUUCCAAGACCUUUUUGAAGCAAGUGAGGCUGCAAAAAGAGUAGAACACCCAUGGAGGAACAUUCUACAGCCACAAUACAGGCCUCAACUGGUCAUUUGCAGCUUGAUUCCAUUCUUCCAACAGAUCACUGGAAUUAACGUUAUCAUGUUUUAUGCACCCGUUCUAUUUAAGACUUUAGGAUUCGGUGAUGACGCUUCCCUUAUGUCUGCUGUUAUAACUGGCCUAGUUAAUGUCGCGGCCACAGUUGUUUCCAUAUACUGUGCUGAUAAGUUUGGAAGAAGGGUUUUGUUCCUUCAAGGUGGCACCCAAAUGAUCAUUUGUCAGAUUGCUGUUGGAGUCAUGAUCGCCAUCAACUUUGGGACUGAUGGUGUAGGCAAAUUAUCAGGUCCGUCAGCAAAUGUUGUGCUCUUUCUGAUUUGUGUGUAUGUAGCAGCUUUUGCAUGGUCUUGGGGUCCAUUGGGAUGGUUGGUCCCUAGUGAGAUCUGCCCAUUGGAAAUCCGAUCAGCUGGCCAAGCUAUCAACGUAUCUGUUAACAUGUUCUUCACCUUUGUGAUUGGCCAAUUCUUUUUAUCCAUGCUCUGCCACAUGAAGUUUGGGCUCUUCUUAUUCUUCGCUGGCUGGGUCAUCAUUAUGACCAUCUUCAUAUUCUUCUUCUUGCCUGAGACGAGAAAUGUACCAAUUGAAGAGAUGAAUAGAGUCUGGAAGGCGCACUGGUAUUGGGGCAAGUACAUCCCAGAUGAUGCUGUUAUUGGUAGCCAGCCUUCUAAGCAACAGUCUGCAUGAAAUAUAUAGUAAAGAUACAUGGCUGUGUUAGAAGUUCAAUAAGGAUUUGGGCCAAUGUUUAAUAAAGUUGUUUGCGGCGAAGGAUGGCCAAAUGGAAAUGAAGCUGUAAAAAUUCAUUAAUUCUUUCCAUUGAAAGAAACCAGUUCACACAAAUUAUACGUA